GCAAUGGAGUUAAGAGCAACACUUCAUAUUUUCCAUUUCAUUAACUCUGGAAUUCAUCUGGCAAUCCCAGCACACAUGGGAAUUUCACUUAGCAGUUCCUGCAGCCCUUCUGGCAAUGCAGCUCACUGUUCCUUGUGCACAGACACAGACCUGGCCUUGUGCUCCAAUGUGCAGUCAGGCACCUUCCCCUCUGAGCUCUGUUCAGUCCAGGAUCCAAACAAAAGUAUCACCCUUAAGACAGCAGUAACACUUCAAGCACAUGGAACUCUUCAGCCUUUAAGGCAGUUUGUCAGCUUGGUUGUUAUGAGGAGCAAAGAGUCCCAAGGACAGCUGAAGAAGUGCCAUAUACUCGCUAAAAGAUUGCAUAACAGGAGCUGUGGACUUUCAGUAAGGACACGGACAGGUUUCCAGUAAUGAUUUCUGGGUUGGAAAUGCUAGUGGGGAUUUCCCAGCCAUGGGUACCCUUUCCAGUUUCCUCUUUUGAGGGGUUUGAAUUGCUUAUAAAUACCCUCUUUGAGUCUGAGAGCACACGAGUCAAUCUCCAGCUCCUUUGACUUUGCUGUUCUGCAGUGCUCCCUGUCAGGCUCGGCCAGGAACCAUGAGGCUCUGGGUCUGCAUCGCGUUGCUCUCCGUUGUUCUGUGUGUGAGUGCUGACAGACCAAGGAUAGUCGAAGGAAUGGUCCGGGCUGGACAAUUUGUCCGGGAUGCAGCAGGAGGGACGUGGGAUAUGUUCAGAGCAUACAAGGACAUGCGCGAGGCAAAUUACAAAGGUGCCGACAAGUAUUUCCAUGCCCGUGGGAAUUAUGAUGCUGCACGGAGAGGACCUGGUGGUGCUUGGGCAGCGAGAGUGAUCAGCGACGCCCGGGAGGGCUGGCAGAGCAGCGUGAGCGGCAGAGGCGCCGAGGACACGCGGCUGGACCAGGAGGCGAACGCCUGGGGCCGGAGCGGCGGCGACCCGAACCGCUACCGGCCCAAGGGGCUGCCCAGCAAGUACUAGCGCUGUCCUGCGCUCCU